AGCAGUAGCAGUAGCAGUAGCAGUAGCAGUAGCAGUAGCAGUAGCAGUAGCAGUAGCAGUAGCAGUAGCAGUAGCAGUAGCAGUAGCAGUAGCAGUAGCAGUAGCAGUAGCAGUAGCAGUAGCAGUAGCAGUAGCAGUAGCAGUAGCAGUAGCAGUAGCAGUAGCAGUAGCAGUAGCAGUAGCAGUAGCAGUAGCAGUAGCAGUAGCAGUAGCAGUAGCAGUAGCAGUAGCAGUAGCAGUAGCAGUAGCAGUAGCAGUAGCAGUAGCAGUAGCAGUAGCAGUAGCAGUAGUAGUAGUAGUAGUAGUAGUAGUAGUAGUAGUAGUAGUAGUAGUAGUAGUAGUAGUAGUAGUAGUAGUAGUAGUAGUAGUAGUAGUAGUAGUAGUAGUAGUAGUAGUAGUAGUAGUAGUAGUAGUAGUAGUAGUAGUAGUAGUAGUAGUAGUAGUAGUAGUAGUAGUAGUAGUAGUAGUAGUAGUAGUAGUAGUAGUAGUAGUAGUAGUAGUAGUAGUAGUAGUAGUAGUAGUAGUAGUAGUAGUAGUAGUAGUAGUAGUAGUAGUAGUAGUAGUAGUAGUAGUAGUAGUAGUAGUAGUAGUAGUAGUAGUAGUAGUAGUAGUAGUAGUAGUAGUAGUAGUAGUAGUAGUAGUAGUAGUAGUAGUAGUAGUAGUAGUAGUAGUAGUAGUAGUAGUAGUAGUAGUAGUAGUAGUAGUAGUAGUAGUAGUAGUAGUAGUAGUAGUAGUAGUAGUAGUAGUAGUAGUAGUAGUAGUAGUAGUAGUAGUAGUAGUAGUAGUAGUAGUAGUAGUAGUAGUAGUAGUAGUAGUAGUAGUAGUAGUAGUAGUAGUAGUAGUAGUAGUAGUAGUAGUAGUAGUAGUAGUAGUAGUAGUAGUAGUAGUAGUAGUAGUAGUAGUAGUAGUAGUAGUAGUAGUAGUAGUAGUAGUAGUAGUAGUAGUAGUAGUAGUAGUAGUAGUAGUAGUAGUAGUAGUAGUAGUAGUAGUAGUAGUAGUAGUAGUAGUAGUAGU